AUGGAUGCUUCAUCUGUACUUUAUAACAGUGUUAAAUCAGCACAUGCUUCUGUUGCAACAUUACACCAAAAAGAGAUUGAAGGCGGAAUUGUUUGGGCACGCCAGCUGGGUGGGGAGAAUACUGAUGUUGACAUGCUCUUACUUUGCAUGCAAGGAAAAAAACCAGCAUUGAGAUUUUGA